AUGUUUACCUCAACAAUAUCACCUGGGAUUGUAUCCCAAACCAACCUGUCAUGUGAUAAUUGCACCAACUUCAAAUGCAUGGCCUACACCAUCACAUACAUCAUAAUGUUUCCUGUGGGAUUUUUCAGUAAUCUGGCUGCACUAUUUGUGUUCCUGCGACAUACUCCUAAGAAGUCAGCCAACAUUGUUUUCAUGACCAACCUUGCCAUAUCCGACAUUAGUUUCUCCUUAACAUUGCCCUUUCGUAUCACCUACUACAUGAAACAAUGUCACUGGGUCUUUCCAAACUGGAUGUGUCGCUGGUGCGUGUUCUCUUUCUACAUGAACCUCUACACCAGCGUGCUUUUUCUCAUGGGGUUGAGUGUGCUGCGUUACAUCGCUGUGGUGCACCCCAUCCGCAACAAGACCCUCGUCACAGUGCGUAGGGCCAGUGUGGCAUGCUUGUGCAUCUGGGUGUUUGUAGCACUCAUGUGCAUUCCUUUCCUCUUGCCGGGGGAAUACAACAAGAUCCGUUGCUUUGAACCUGGAAACAUUAAAAAUUGGAAUCAAAUACUCCACCUCAAUUACAUGGCUCUGGUCUUGGGCUUCCUAAUUCCUUUUUCCACCAUCCUGGUAUGCUACGGGUGCAUCAUCCGUGCACUAUUCACCAGUCAGAAAGUACAGAGUUCCAAUCGGAACCAGCGGCUGCGUUCUGUGUACCUGAUUGUCCUGGUCCUCAGCACCUUCCUGCUUUGCUUCCUUCCAUACCACGUGGUUCGCACGGUGCAUCUGCACGUCACUGUGGGGAUGGUGCAGAAUAGCUGCUCACUGAAGCUGCAAAUGUUGAAUGUAACCGUGCUGACCCUAUGCAUGGCCUCAGCCAAUAGCUGCCUGAACCCCCUGCUGUACUACUUCGCUGGGGAGAGAUUCCGCACAGCCUUCAGAAGGGCCUCACGACGGAGGACAUUCAGCUCCGAGAAUGAGAACAGCUUCCGCUUAUCUCUCCAGCGGAAGAAACAAGCAGACAGGAAGAAGGUGAACGGCCUUGUGUCGACUCCAACCAGCAUCCUGGCCCCAAAAGGCGAGCUGGACCAUGCCACUCAGUAA